AUGUCGUCAUCAGAAGAUACUUUUGAAGCAGAAACUGAAGAAUCUGCUGAAGAAACUAGGCACGCGGCGUUAAAUCGAUUAGAGCCAGAACGUGACCCUGAAGAUACCGACGAGGAGUCCAGUGAUGAAGGAAGCGAGGAACCUACCUUUGAGGUAGGAAGUUCUAAGACCAAAAACAUUCUGUACUUUGAUUUCAACAGGUUGAAGAAAUCAUUGCCGUGGCGUGUACUGACAAUGGUAAAGGUUUGAAGUUCGAAACCCGCUGGGUUUCUGAUCAGUCGACAACUUGGGAGCCGUUGUCGAGCUUCCACAACGGAUUAAAUCACGAGGAAAUUCAGAGAUUUAGAAGAAAAAAUCCGGCGAAAUUCGACGCAGAGAUAGGUGAGCAAUACACCAAUGGUAAAAAAAGAGCAACAGGUUACAGCCAAACUGAACCUAAAGAAGCGGAAAUCGAAAGUACACCGUCAUUGGUUGUACGCGCCGCUGGAUGGAGAUGAAGAAAGACACGAAAAGCCCGAUACAAACGCAAAGUCUCGAGAGGUGAAGUCUUUGGCGGAUCCGAAUCGUCUUCAAGACCCUGACGAAGCGGUAGGUGAACAAGAACAAGUUCAAACUUAAAAAAGAGUUCAGUUCUUCUUAAUCUUUUGCCUUUCAGUUCCUGAAAACUUACACUCCUGGUAUUCGCAGUUCUCGCAGCAAAACCCGCGAGUUGAAAAGUGUUCUCAAUGCCAGCACAACUGUCCCCAUCCCGAAACCGUCACCGAAAAAGGAAAAAGAAAAAAAAAAGAGAGCGCCGGGUGGGGGAAGAAAAAGAAAGCAGCCGGAAGAGGUAAGCGAAGACGAAAGGACCCGGGAGGAAGGAAGCAACACACGGAUUUGCACCACCUGCCUUUCCCGCGCAAAACCCUUUCUAAUUAUAAUAUGAAUUGAAACGACGAGCAGUUCCCUACUAUUUCUGAUUCAUAUGCAUACGAAAGCUUUUCUCAGCUCCCCUUUUUCUUCGGUCACCAUUCGAAGAAAAUAGGGAAGACUACUCUAUCGGUUAAUAGAUAAGAACAAUAGUGCAACUUUUCUUUUCAGCAGCUAAAUGUAGUUCGAAAAUUGAUUUGUGACCCGACUCGAUCGCUAGUUUUGAAAUCCACAUAAAUCCAUCCUCAUAUUAUUUGCGUUGACUCAGUUCUCAUAAUUUAUGACCCACGAGUAGUAUUCAAAUUGUUCUUCAUAGCCCAUAAAUUAUGGGCGGCGCUAACUACAGUACGCCUCUGUGACUCGGCGCGAAAAUAAACAAAUCAUUCACCUUCACUGUUGUAUCAUUCUCCUCCUCUUUCUGGCCAUUUCUCAUCGCUUACGCAGCUUUGGGCCACUCUCCUCGGCUUUUCUAAUGUGCGCUAUGCGAAAUGUUAUAGGAGCGAUUCUGCUUAGUUAAUGUAUUCAGCGAGAAAAUUACUAACGUUAGGAUGAGGUCUUUCUCUAUACUUCAGAGAAUAAUAUAGUGAACUCGAAAUUCGAAUGCACUUUCUUCAUGACUUAAUGCGCGGUUCUGUCGCCCAAAUUAACUUAAUCGGUUUACAGGCUCCUUUGGCUUCCACAGCCCCAUCGGGAUCCUCAACUCCAGUACCACGUAAGUCGAAAAAUAUUUCCGAGAAAGCUUCGCUAGUGCCAUUGACCCAACCGAAACGUUCCUCGUCGCCUGUGAAGCCAGUCAAAAAUAUGAACACGACGAAGCCAAAACAAAGAGAACGGCAGUUGAAUUCGUCAGAUGAAGAAAUUGACGAAACGAAUAUGUACGACUCGGACGAGGAAGUUCCGGCGCCGCCACCGAAAAAGGCUGCAACUUCCGCUCGGAAAACCAGAAAACCCACUGACAGCUCUACGUUUUCUCAAACCACAUCGACGAACUUGCUCAAGAGAAAAGCAACUGGUCGCUCGCCUUCGCGUUCCUUGACGCCACCACGCCGUGCGGAAACUUCAGCUCCUCCGAGAGGUAGCGAAGAAAAUAAUUCGGAAAAAGCGUACGAACAUGCGGAUGGCUGGCAGGUAGUCAAUUCAAAAGAAAUGCGACUACGCUUUGAGAGGGUGCGUCCCUGCCCACCCCAUUUUCUUCAUGGUUAACCGUUUUGUAGAUGGCAGACGAGGCGGGAUUGGGUUUGACCCAUGCGACCGAAGUUGAGCGAUCCAAACGCCUACGAGAGGAAAGACUGCUGAAUAUCGACGUGGGGAAAACUGUCGCCGAACUGCUCACUUCUUGGGUACUUUAUUUUGGAGUUCGGUUGUUUCUCUUCUGAACAUUGUAAUUUGCAGAUCGAUCCUUCUCAUGAUCAGCUGGAAAAUGCAGCCGAUCACAUUCUUCUCCUGAAAACGAGAUGGGAAGAACUGAUUGAAAACAAAGGCGAUAGGAGAGAUUUCCACGAAGUGUUCGAAGCAAUUACAGAAGAAACCGGCAACUUUCCACUUCACGCGGUAAUCAAAACUUAAUCAUCCACAUAAUUUGUUUUCCAUUUCAGCUGAUCAGAAUCGACGCCAACAAGGCGCACUCUCUUGGCGAGGACUACGAUAAACCGCGUCUCGAUAAAGUGAUCUCACUGCUCACUCAGUUGCUGACCACUGUGGUGCCACACAACGUUCUGGCCGCCCAAGACAACUAUGACUUCACCCUGCUUCAUCAUGCGAUCGAACGGAAACAGGUAAAUUAAAUUUUUUUCAAUGAUGAAAAUGGCAUUUAUUUGUCGUCAGCUGGAACUUUCCCUGAGUCUCAUUCAAGCGGGAUCUCCACUCCAUCUUUUCAACAAGACCCACCGAGUCUCUCCUCUCGAAAUGGUUAUUUUCACCGAUUCGACACACAAAAGCGAUCCGGUCAAAAAUCGAGAAGUUCUGAUUCCGAUCUUCGAAGCGAUCCUCAGAGCCGGUGGCUCUUGCCAUUAUAUGGUCGAGGGUCCGCCGUACCACAAGGAACUCGGCUUCGUUUGGGACAAGUGAGAUUAUGAUAAAAAGAGCAUUUAUAAAGUCAAUGGUUUACAGUCGACACCAUCGCUCUCAACUACAAAAAAGCCCCAACAAAGACGCCAUAAUCAAUGCGGCCAAGGAGUUUUACUUCAGAAGUCUGUCGGUUCAGUUCCGAGGGGCCAUGAAUGAGCGGGUGCCGAGGCUGCACGAUGUGAAGGACGCCGGCCCGAUCGUGACUUUCCCACGCGGGCUGAUCUAUGAUACCGGGCACAUCCAGGAUAACUGGUUCCUAUACUCGGAACCGUACAAUCAGAGGACCGAAGCGGAUCGCUUUUGGCUAGUCGUUAUCCCGAUGUGCUACAAGGUUAGUGAAGAAUACGAAUCAUCAUGCGACGCGGUUAUUUCAGGAUGAAAAGCUGGUUGCUGGUUUGGAAUCGCCCAGAAACACGGUUGUCUAUGUUGGAAAAACUAAAUGUCCGAGGCUCGAAUACGGCGGAAGAAACACAAUUUUCUUUGAUGCGACGAGAGCAGUCAAGAAUCACUUUAUUGCCGUCGACAGGGCUCUGGAAAGCCUUCCCGCAGGCCAACGCUUGGCGUCUAGAAUUCGGCCGGAUCAUAGCGUUUUCAACAUUCACAUCGAAAUCGAUCCCAGUGAGAGGGAAGCGGUGUUCAUCGCGUGUCGGCUCGUGCGUUAUGUGAACGCAGAAGAAAUGCAGCCGCGAGAGAAAUCGCCCCCGAUGCCUUCUUUCCGCACUUUGUCCCCCACCAGCUACCCAUCUGCUCGUAAUUCCCAUCCCGGUCCUUCGCGAACUUAG